AUGGCAUCGAAAACACAAAAAACAAAAGAAUCAGUAUCGACUGCUGCAUUACCGAUAGUAACAGAUCCAGAAAUGGCUGAACGUUUUGAACGUGAACUUGCUUGGUGUGUUGGACAACUUGAAUGUAUGAUGAGAUCAUCAUCAACAAAAGAUAAAGAUCCUGCUCGAUCAGCUUUACAAACUUUAACAAAUCCUAAAACAUCUUUAAUUCGUAAACGACAAAUGAUGCAACAAUUAUUCGGUGAUUAUCGUCAAAAAAUGCAUGUUGAAGAUGUAGCUAGACAAAAACAUCAUAAUCAAAUACGAGUAAAUACGAAAAGUGAAAUUCCAUUAUCUUCACGUUUUGUUCGUCGUAUUCAUCAUAAUAAUGAUUCAAUAACAAUAAAAGACAAUACAUUUUCAUUUAAUUUUGAUAUUCCAUUAUCGGAUAUGGAUAAAAAUUAA